UCAGACGGGAAGCGCUCUGUUCACAACUUCUCCUGCAGCUGUGGAGUGGGACCUCGGUGACACACAACAUAGUACCAACGAGCAAGAAACGAACAAAAUGUGAAGGGAAACUGCCAUACACCACUUUCUGAAAGUGGGUGUGCAGUGGGAAAGUGUAGCAGUCCUUAAACGAGUGCGUAAAGUUAUUGUUAGGCAGCAGAGGCCUGCACUACCCCGUGCGUAAAAGUGAGACAGAGGGGGUAAAGUAAAACUUCUGCGGUGGAAAAAACGUUUUCAUGCUUGCAAUGGAUGCGUUUGUGUGCCUUUGGGACGAAAUGAGAAGCUGACACUGAGAAGAAGAAUUGUUCAAACUUUUGCAGUUGAUGUUUUUAGAGUUUGGCGACCGAACCGGAGCGGAGCGCGCAGUGUAGCAGCAGAUGCUGGACGGUGACUAAGCCUUACGGCUGGGAAGCUAAUAAAUUGAAUGUGUCUGGACUGCAGACUUUAUGUAAGAAGUAGGACAAUAAGUUAGGACACCGUCUAACUAGUUAUUUCCGCCACGCGCAGAGACGAUUUUUCAUCCAGAAUCUUGAAUGUUACUCAUUAGCUCCCAAAGCUCCAGCAGGAGUUAGUGGCACGUUUCUACAUCAUUCUGUCUACCUCUUCUCAACAUGAACGAAAGUGUUGAUAGUGUUGACAGCUGCUCGGACGGAGAGAGCAUCAACCUCAGUGUCCUCAAUUGGGAGCAAGUGCAGCGGCUGGACACCAUCCUCACCAGCUCCAUCCCCAUCCACGGCCGCUGGAGCUUCCCUACUCUGGAGGUGAAGCCCCGGGAUAUCGUCAAGGUGGUCCGGAGCCGCAUGGAGGAGAAGCGGAUCCAUGUCCGGGAGGUGCGGCUGAACGGUUCUGCGGCCAGCUACGUCUUGCACGAGGACAGCGGUCUGGGCUGGAAAGAUUUGGACUUAAUAUUCUGCGCCGACCUGAAAUCAGAGAUGGAGUUUCAGAUAGUGAAAGAUAUUGUGCUGGACUCUCUUCUGGACUUCCUGCCCGAGGGGGUGAAUAAAGAAAAGAUCACACCAGUGACUUUAAAGGAGGCCUAUGUGCAAAAGAUGGUGAAAGUGUGCAAUGACUCGGACCGCUGGAGUCUCAUCUCCCUCUCCAACAACCGUGGCAAGAACGUGGAACUCAAAUUUGUGGACUCUCUUCGACGGCAGUUUGAGUUCAGCGUGGACUCCUUUCAGAUCCGCCUGGACUCACUUCUCCUUUUCUACGAGUGCUCGGAGCACCCCAUGGCUGCCACUUUCCACCCUACAAUCCUCGGGGAGAGCGUCUACGGUGACUUCCCCACCGCCCUCGACCACCUGCGCAAGCGCCUCAUCUGCACCAGGAGCCCAGAGGAGAUUCGAGGCGGGGGUCUGCUGAAGUACUGCCACUUGCUGGUGCGGGGUUUCCGCGCAGCCUCUGAACCUGAGAUGAAACUGCUGCAGCGCUACAUGUGCUCGCGCUUCUUCAUAGACUUUCCCGAUGUCAGCGAGCAAAGAAGGAAGCUGGAGUCUUAUCUGCAGAACCACUUUGUGGACCUGGAGGACAGGAAGUAUGACUAUCUGGCCACGCUGUACGAAGUGGUGCAGGAGAGCACGGUGUGUCUGAUGGGCCAUGAGAGGCGCCAGACGCUCAGCCUAAUAUCGUCGCUGGCGUUGCGCGUCCUGGCCGAGCAGAACGCCAUCCCAAACACUGCCAACGUCACCUGCUUCUACCAGCCGGCUCCUUAUGUGUCAGACGGCAACUUCAGCAACUAUUACGUAGCGCAGGUUCAGCCCAUGUACCACUGUCCUCCCUCGCCUUCCCACCAGUACAUUCCUCCUCAGCACCAUCCCAUGUACGCCACCUGGUUGCCGUGUAACUAAACUUUGGAACUUUUGGAACCAACUCCUUAAAAAGGGAUGCAUUUUAAACUGCUCCUUGAGAUUGGUAAUUGAGGGAAAUGAGAAAAAGGACAUGGGACAUAAUUAGACAGAUACAAAAAAGGGAAUAAAGGAAGCAGGGGAAAUGAGGACAAGGAACCUGGAUUGAGGCAGUGGGCCAGAGAAAGGCUUUUCCUUGGGUCAAGGUGCCACAGUAGGAGAAGCUGAGCACACAGGGAGGGAUGCCAACCCAUCACAUUUAGGGUUCUCUCAUCAGCGCUAUGGUUGACUUGGAAUGUUGCGACUGACAGGAACUUGCACAUUCUCUUCAUAUUAUAACCAAAACAGACUUGCAUACAGCUGCGGAGAGUGGCUUAGGACACACGUGAUGCGCUAGUAUCGAGUUAUGGUCAGACAAGAGGUGACACUGUUCGUAUGAGACUCCUUUUCACAGACAAUGCAACAAAAAAAAGGAACUGGAUACUGUUUACUGACUUUGAUUCCCAUCUGAAUACUGAAACAAAAAAAAACAACGAAGCAAUGCAUGUUUUCUUUAAGUGCCUAGAUCAAGCCUAAAGGAGUCUUUAUCGUAGAGAACUGUUGAGUCAUUGAUUUCCGAGGUGAUGAAUGUACUGUGGAACGGAGAGUUUACCUAUGCUGAGUAAGGUCUCUAACGCUUUUGCAAUAAUUUCUGACAAUGUUUAGUUCUGCCCUUAUCUGCAGCCCUGCUUGACAAACUCACAUCCUGAUUACCAAAGAGGAAGUAGCAACAUAAUCUCAUCAUCUUUAGAGAGAGGGGGUAGGUGGUGGUUGCAUCAAAAUUCUUAUGAGAGUAAAAUAGAUGAUCAAUGUUAAGAGAAAUGUACAGAGAAAGAGGUUUGGCACUGAGAGAGCAAACUAGAGAGAAAACUUUUAUCUGCAGUUUUAUUGAAAUGCAAAAUAAGAGGGAAGGUGGAACGCUUGAUUUCCAAAAAGCAAUUUAUCACAGAAUGGCUACUUAAAUAAUUUUUGGCCAUGAAUAUUUUCAAAAUGCAUCUUCAUUUCAUGUAGUCUAUACUAAAAUGCAUUUGAGACAUGUUUGAUUGAAAACUGAAACAUAGAACUCAAACUUACUUAAAGGUGCCCUGUGGAGUUUCCAUGUAAACAAACAAAAGUUAUGUUGACAUUCUGGCUCACCAAAAGUGUUGCACACUAUUUCUUCCUCCUCAACCAUUUGCAAAGCCAACUUGGAUAAUUGUUUUCUUUGCAUUGGCCACAUCCAUGUUUGCUUCUUCUUAACUUCGUCUAAAGCAGGAUUUGGUCUGGAAGAGUUUAACAUUGAUAACAGGAUAUCACACACAUGUGUCCUUGUGUCCUUGUGUCCUUGUGUGCUUGAAUUAAGAUUUUCCAAAAAAGGACCUACUGGUAAAAACAUUUGUCCAUAGUGCUACUAAUAGUCAGAAGGUCCACAGGGUACCAUUGACUCAAAAAGAAAAUGUUACACACAAAAAAGGGCAGCAUUUUGUAUGAAAUCAUUCUGAAACAGGGACAACCAUUUAUUUUAAAUUACACUGGAAAGUUUAAAUGCAGUUAUUUUAUUCAUUUUAUAUCUUGUUCUUAUCGAAUAUAUAACUCAACAAUUUUUUACGUCUUUUGUAUGCCGUAUAAAGUAGAUUUUUACAUGCUGUAUGCACUGUAAAAACAUGUGUUCCUUCCUUGUUUGAGAGAGAAAGAGAACCUCUGCAGCACAAAACAAACUGUAUGUUUGUCAGAGGGGUGGAGGUUGGAUUGUGUGUGCAAGGAUGUAGCAGCAGAGCAACUCCUGAGAGAAGUGGCCCAGCAGAGGAGGAACAAUGUAGAAAAAUGUGCUGCACGAAGCCUGAAAAGCUUCAAAGAUGAUUAAAGCACAGUGAAUAUUGGCCAAUGUACAUGUCAGCUUGUUUUGAUUGUUUGAGUUGUGUGGAAAUUGGGCUGUAUGUUCAGAUUCAAGCUGUCAAAAAUAUUCUUACUCCUUAGCAUGGAAAAGCACCAAACAAUGGGGAACAAUGCAAAAAGUGUGUAGCUCAGAUGAGGACCAUCACAAAGAUAUUUGAAGGGCUAUAAGACAUGUAUUUGAUAUAUUGAUGAAAAUAACUGGCGUAACUCUUUUGCUUUGCAAGUGUGUAUUCUCUCAAACAUGUCAAAUCUCCUAUUUUUCUAUCGAUUUUUGUACAGUUUGUAUUUGGCUGAUGUAGCUGGCAGAUCCAAAGCUGUGUCGUUGAGUACUUUGUGUCGUAUGCAAAUGUGUGGGUUUUUUUGGCUGAUGAAGAGCAGAACAGGAUGAGACGGUGGCUAUGCUGAGAUGCAGAUUUAGCUUAAGUUUGUUACAUGUGUGCUCCGAGCUGUUUUACAUGGGUUUAUGUUGCUUUAAAGAGAUUGUUACACUGUUUUACGUGUUUUUAAACUGCCGCCCUUUGUGGACAUGAAAAUAAUGAUCUGAUAAGUGUGUUCAAGUUGAUCAACUUGAGAAUUAAAAACCAAAAACC